AACGACUAUACCUCUGUGAGGGAGGGAGAGAGAGGAAGAGGGACGUAGCUGAGAAAAAUGGCGAUCCAGGAGGAAGAACGAUCCAAGCCGUUCACGACCGGGUGGCCCCUGUCUGCAAAGCCCUGCGAUUCGUGCAAAUCAUCCUCGGCCCUGCUCUUCUGCCGUGCUGACUCGGCGUUUCUCUGCAUCGAGUGCGACGGCAAGGUCCACGGCGCCAACAAGCUCGCCUCCCGCCACGAGCGUGUGUGGAUGUGCGAGGUGUGCGAGCAGGCCCCCGCCUCCGUCACGUGCAAGGCCGACGCCGCUGCCCUCUGCGUCACGUGCGACCGCGACAUCCACUCCGCCAAUCCCCUCGCGCGCCGGCACGAGCGAUUCCCCGUCGUUCCCUUUUACGAGUCCGCUGCCGCCGUUAAAUCUAACGCCGUUCGCCUCCUUGUUCCCGACGGCCUCCUCAAAGACGAUGACGAAGAUGACGAAAUUGUCCCUGACCAAAACCCCAACGACACGUGUCAGGAUGAGGCGGAGGCGGCCUCCUGGCUCCUCUGCAACACUAACCCUAAGCUGAUGGACGGCCCGGAUCUCAAAACCGGAGAUUACUUUUUCUCUGACGUAGAUCCGUACCUCGAUCUUGACUACGCUUCGUCGAUGGACGCGCGAUUCCAUCAUCAGAACGGACCCGGCGCUGACAGCGUUGUCCCCGUGCAAUCCAAGCCGUUCCCGUCUCCGAUCCUCAAACCGUCAUCUGAGAACGGCCACGAUCUGGAUUUCUGCCGUCCAAAGCCAUCUUACAGCUACACUCCAUCUCUCAGCCAGAGCGUCUCUUCGUCUUCUUUGGAUGUCGGGGUCGUGCCGGACGGAAUGGACAUCGUGAAGGCUGAGAUAUCGGCCGGAUCCGUUACGGUGAACGGGAAUUCCGCAGCAGCGGCCCAGCUGUCGGGGCUUGAUCGUGAGGCGAGGGUGCUGAGAUACAGAGAGAAGAGGAAGAACCGGAAAUUCGAGAAGACGAUCCGUUACGCAUCACGGAAAGCCUACGCCGAGACGCGGCCCAGGAUCAAAGGCCGAUUCGCGAAGCGGACGGAGAUCGAGACUGAGGUCGAUCGGAUCUACUCCUCAGCCGCUGCUCUGAUGGCCGACACCGGGUACGGCGUCGUCCCGACGUUUUAAGAACACUGGCAAACAAUGCUUGGCCUCGGUGUUCCAAUAGUAUGCCCGGGAUUUUCAGUUUCUAUAAGUGGGGCCCGUUGUUAGAUGAUCCAAGCCGUCAGAUCACUCAACCAGUGGGCCACACUUAAAAAAACGGAAAAAAAAUCAGCUUAGUGUGGGAACUCCACGGCCGAGCAUGGUAUGAUUGGCUGCCUGUUUUCGUUCUUGUUGCUGCUGCUGCUGUUGUUGUUGUUGUAUAUUAUUACUAUGUUGUGGUUUUUUCUUUUUCUUUUCUUUUUGAACUAACGUGGAUUUGCAGCAGAAGCUGUUUGUUGAAAUGCUUUUGCUUCUUAGAAUCUCCAAUCUCAAAAGCCCAACUGCUUUUUCUCUUUCA